UGAUUGUUGUUGAUGUUGUUGUCGAGUAUCAUCAUUAAAUUUAUCUGAGUUGGGUUUUUUGUUUUUCUUUCCGAUUUCGUAAACUUUGUUGUCGUUUAAAAAAAACCUAAAAAUGAGAAUGAUGUUUAUUAUUAAACUAAAUUGUUUAUAAUCAUAUGUUAUUGAACCAUCAUAAUUGUAAAUAGCAUCGGUACGACGAAAUGGAUACGUUUAAUUUGAUUGUACCGAUUUUUGGUGGUUUUGGUCAUCAUCAUGAUUCGAUUCAAUUAAUAUUUCAACGAGCUAAUGAUGUUACGGAUUUUAUAAUCGAUUUCUAUUUAUAUAAUCCCCGAACAUUUUUUGCCGUUCUUUUAUUUAUCAUAUAUGUUUUUCAUUAUAUUGCUAACAUAGUAAAAAAACCAAUACUUGUCACAGCUGAUGGAAGAUUUAGAUGGUUUUUAUUGACCAAUUGUCCGGUAAUAAGUGAAAAAUAUUGGCCAACAAUUUGGUGUUAUGAAACACAUUUAUUAACAGCUUUGGCCAAUUUUAUUCGUGGUUUUUGUUCCGAUUUACAUUAUCAUCGGGAAUUAUUACAAACACCUGAUGGUGGACAAAUAUCGUUAGAUUGGUAUGAUCCGAAUUGUAAACUAUCAGCAUGUUCUCGAUCUGGUCAUUCGUUUGGAAAUGUUGGGGAUCGCCAUAAACCAAUUGCAUUAUUCAUGCCUGGUCUGACCGGUAGUUCACAAGCAGAAUAUAUAAAAACAUUGGUACCAAUAGCCUUUCAGAUUGGAUAUCGACCAGUUGUUAUCAAUUAUCGAGGUUUAGGCAAUACACCAUUGUUGACACCUCGAUUAUAUUGUGCUGCAAAUGAUGAUGAUAUUCAUACUGCUAUUGAUCAUAUUCGUCGUUAUAAUCUUGAUUGUAAACUGAUCGCUACAGGUAUAUCGCUUGGUGGUAUACUUUUAUGUCGGUAUUUGAUCACGACUGGAUUUGAAUCAAAAAUCGAUGCAGCUUUUCUAAUAUCUGUUUGUUGGGAUUUGAUGACCGGAUGUGAAAGCAUGGAAAGAAGUCUCAAUUAUCCAUUAAAUCAUCAUCUAACACGAUUAUUGGUCAAUAUUGUUGAUGCUAAUCAUAUGAUAUUCAAAAAUGUUCCCGGUAUCGAUUUGGAUCGUGUACGACAAUGUCAAAAUGUUCGCGAAUUUGAUGAAGCAUUCACGAUCAAAAUAUUCAAUUUUGAAAGUGUUUCACAUUAUUAUGCUGAGAGUAGCCAUUUAGGCAAAAUGGAUUGUAUACGUACGCCAACACUUUGUAUAAAUGCAGCCGAUGAUAUGUUUGCACCUACAACUGAUUCAUUACCUUGGGAUGUCGAACAAAAUCGUCAUGUGGCAUUGUUGGUCACAUCACGUGGUGGUCAUAUUGGUUUCAUGGAAGGAAUAUUUCCUUUUUUCAAAUCAAAAUUCUAUACAGAACGAUUAAUGGAACAAUAUUAUCAGGCAUUAUAUCGUUUAUCCGAUUGUCAUCAGAUUAUUUGAUUAUCGAACAGAUUGACCAUACAUAAUAAACAUUUUAUUUUAUAAAGAUAUAAAGAUGACCAAAAAAAAGAAAUCAAGAAUAAAUAAAGUGAUAAAUAGAUGGCGCAACCAUCGCUAAGAAAUAUUUUUUCAACAAAAAUGUAUAUCUCUGGCCUUUUUGGUCACAUUAGUGCCGACUUUAUAGACACAGACCAAACAAAAAAUGCAUUGUGGAAGUAGAAAUCGCUAAGUCGGUAAAGUUUUCCAUGUUUGAGAUCUACAAGAAUGGCCCUAUACUACUAGUCGGUGUAAUGUAGCCAAAGCCUUAAUGACAUUACAAAUUCAUGAAUUCCUAUAUGAAAAGAACUAAUAACAAUUCUAUUUUUGUUCUACUUUCUCAUAUUGUUAAUUUUAAAUUUUUAUUAUUAUAUAACAAAAUAACAAUAAUAAUCAUCAUGUUAAUGAUAAAGUCAUACCUACACACAUUCGUACAUUUUAUGCUUCAUGGCCAAAAAUCACGCAAAUGUUGUUAAUAUUUCAUAUAUGAAAAAUAAAGUUUUUUUUUGCAAGUUUUUGCCGUAUUUCAA